AUUUGCUUGACAAGGUAUUUGGUAGUUUGCUUUUUUAAUAAAUAUUUAUAAACUAUGUAUAAACUUUGCUGUGAUAAAAUGAAUGUAUUUUCUAUUUUUGUUUCAGCCAAUUUUGUACUCAUACUUCAGAAGCUCAGCUUCUUGGAGAGUAAGAAUAGUUCUAGCAUUAAAGGGAGUAGACUAUGAGUAUAAAGCUGUCAAUCUUGUUAAAGAUGGAGGACAACAGCAUUCAGAAGAAUUCAAAGCUCUUAACCCUAUGGAACAAGUGCCAGCAUUUGUCAUUGGGGAAACAGCUCUUACACAAUCCCUGGCUAUCAUAGACUAUCUAGAAGAUGUUUAUCCAAAGCCAGCUAUUGUACCAGAAGAUCCUAUAAAGAAAGCCCAGGCUCGGUCUCUGGCUGAGUUAAUUACUUCUGGUACACAACCAUUAACCAACACCACUGUAAAUAAGCUCCUACAUAAAGAAAAUGAGACUAACAGACAGGAAUGGUGCCGUUAUUACAUUGAUAAAGGACUUACAGCGUAUGAGAAAAUGGUUCAGAGUACUGCUGGCAAGUAUUCUGUUGGUGAUGAAAUCACAAUAGCUGAUGUUUGUUUAGUACCUCAACUCUACAACGCUCAAAGAUUUAAAGUAGACAUGACAAAGUUUCCAACUAUCACAAGAAUUAUUGAUGCUUUGUCAGAAUUACCAGCAUUUAAGGCAGCAGAUCCAGGUGUUCAGCCAGAUUGUCCCGAGGAGUUGCGAAAACAGUGAGAGUAUUCAAGGGAGAUCAUCCAACACAGCUUCUGGGGUUUAUUUUAAUUAGAAUAUUAAGAUCAUUGGGGGAUUUUUUGUACAUAUAACUUU